CGUGUUCUUGAUUGUGCUACGGAGAAACCAUAAUUUGUCAACUGAUGUCUGUUGUCAUCAUUGGAGUGUUCUGAUUUCUGAAUGAAUCCCUUUGCGUAUUUGCAGAGAAAGACCCCCAAACUAUUUUUGUCUGACACAAUCGCGAGAUCAAGGCGGCGAAAUCGCCGCGUGGAUCGGGAUCCUCCUGUUCGGGGCAGCACUGUACUAGCAGAGGAAGCUGGAACUGUAAUCCAACCCGGCAGCCCGCGCACACGGCACGGCACCUCAUUCUAGGCUGUAAACCGACACCGACUGGUCAGACGGAUCGGCCGACGCGCCCGCACGCGGACACCACGAGGCAAUCGCAGGCGGCGGCGUGCGAAGUUGCGAUGGAGAGCCCCACGUCGGCGGCGUCGCGUCCGGACUUCUUCGACUUCCUCGACCGCAUGCGCCGCCCAGCCGCCGCCGAUCUCUUCCGUUCGAUCAAGAGCUUCCUCGUGUCCUUCUCCUUCAACGAACCCAACGCCGAGGAGGACGGCAGCAAGGUACAGGCCUUCCUCACUGAGAUGGAGGACGCCAUCAGGGACCACCCGCUCUGGGCCAACGCCACCAACCAGGAAAUCGACCACGCGCUCGAGGGCCUUGAGAAGUACAUCAUGACAAAAUUGUUCGACCGCACGUUUGGGACCUCGUCAGAGGAUGCCAUUACCGACAUGGAGAUCUCGGAGAAGAUUGGUCUACUGCAGCAGUUUGUUAAGCCUCAUCACUUGGAUAUACCUAAGGUUCUGCAUAAUGAGGCCUCUUGGCUGCUUGCAGUGAAAGAGUUGCAAAAGAUAAAUUCCUUCAAAGCACCACGUGAGAAGCUUCUAUGCAUCAUGAGCUGCUGUCAAGUCAUCAAUAACUUGCUUCUGAACAUAUCGAUGUCAAGUGAUCGAACACUCUCUGGGGCUGAUGAGUUCCUUCCUAUUCUUAUCUAUAUUACUAUCAAGGCCAAUCCUCCUCAGCUGCACUCAAAUCUAAAGUUUGUUCAGCUCUUUAGAAGGGAAACGAAGCUAAUUUCAGAAGUCGAAUAUUAUCUGACAAACCUCAUUUCAGCAAAGAUGUUUAUAAUAGAUGUUAAUGCUCGCUCGCUAUCGAUGGAAGAAAGUGAGUUUCAGAAGCAUAUGGAAUCGGCAAGACUAGCUACUCAAAUAUCUGUGGCUAGCCCUAGUAGCUCACAGGGGCUUCCUACAUAUGCAAGGGCACACAAGGAGGAAACUGAUCUAGCAGGCUCCAGAUUCCCUUUCAUGGACUCAGAAACUGAAAGUUUGAAUCCAGAGGAAGUCAUGCAGUUGCAUGACCUGUAUAGGCAAGUUGUCACCAGAUAUACACUGCUGUCUAAAGCUUUAAGAAAGUUAUCCAUAGAUGAGGAUCAGCUCCUUAGUUCAGUAGACGAUUCAUGAAGUGAUGUGAAGAUGUAAAGAUGAUGGUACCAAUCAUAAACAGCCUCCAUACCCACAUUGCUCCUGCACAUGUACAGUGGAUUAAAUAUGCGUGCAACCUCAUUUCCAUCGGUUGCAAUCUCAUAGGAAAAGGAAUGAGAUCUUACAGUCAAUGCAUGUAAGAAAGGCUCCAGCAAGUCCAAUGCAAUACAGGUAUGAUCAUCUUGGGCAUGUUUGUCUGUCAUUUCAAACACUUGAGAGCAGUCCUUUCUGCAAUCUCUCUUCAGUUCUUAUGCUCUGGUAUGCUCAUUUGCUAGUGCAGCCUGCAGCACCUGUGAGUUGGGCAUAUUAUGCAUGUUACACAUGGCUACUGCUGCUUUUGCUGAUCUUGUUCCUCACCCAGGAGAUUGCCUUGUUUCACUACUGUUGUAACAUGACCUGCAUCUCUGGGCAUGGUUAGUUCGCAACUUCUACUUCAGUUGGCAAUCCUUGUUAUUUUCCUGGAUGGACCUUCCAACAUCAGUCCUACUGAAACUGGAAUUUACCAUUGCACAACAUAUUAUCUGAGUUAUCAGCUUCUAAAUGGUCUACAAUCUGCCACCGGACGUGUUACAGUUUUGGCACUGAGCGCUUCAUGCAAUGAAGAAUUUGAAUUCUAACAUAAAAUGAAGGCCAGAAAAUCACUGCUGGGGAAGGUGGGGAUGAAGAUGGAGUAACAGGCUGGGAAAAUUCUGAAGCACGUCAUGCUGCACAACUAUGCUUGCUGUGGAUGCAUACCGGGGGAUCUAGCUUGGGGAACUGUGCAGAAAUGCCGUGUGCUGCGCAGAAUAAACUCAGUCAGACGUCAUGCUCAUGAAGAUGAAGAAAUUGUGUGAGGAUGGAGUAGGAUGAGAGCAGUUUCAUGUAGUUCCCGUUUGGCUAGAUACCUGAUGUAUUUUCAACGAAGCUUAUAUAAUGGUGUUCUGGGUUUUGUGUGGUU